CAGAGUUCAGCUCUUCACGGAUUGUGCAUCGCUGAAACAAAAUCCCGAGCCGAGCACUUGAAUUUGCUUGGCAAAUGCACGUUCCAUCAUGGACCAACAGAAAAAAUCAAAUGCGCGUCGCGUUUUCCUCAACAUUGCGAUUGUUUUAGCAGUGUUAUACAUCAUAAUUGUGACUUUUUUUGUGGUUCAUCAACACCAGUUGGCAGUCCUGCAAUCCGACAUCGUGCGGCGACUUGAAGCUCGUGUUGAAAAGUUGGAAAACAGCGGCUUCACAGCUCAGAAAACGGACAGAAAUUCUGUGGGUGAGGCCGAUCGUGUUAUGGAGGGGAAAUCUGCGCGUUUAAAAACGAAGCUUGCCGUUCCUGAUUUUCCUCGUGGUAGAGACAAAAGGCAGUUUGAGGGCUACUGCCCGUGUUUGCAAGGCCCUAAAGGAGAUGCUGGACCUCCAGGUCGGCGAGGAAAGAAAGGUAAAAAAGGGCACAAGGGAGACCAAGGACCAGCUGGUCCCGUGGGUCCUAAGGGAGAACCAGGAACAAAUGGGGAGCCUACUAAGGGGCAGCAAGGUGACCCAGGGCCCAGAGGUCCCAAAGGAUUGAAUGGAAUGAAUGGUACCCAAGGUCCAGCGGGUCUUCCUGGUACCCCUGGAGUUAAAGGAGACAGGGGAGAAGUAGGCAUUCGAGGGCCUAAAGGGGACCCAGGACCACCAGGAGCUUCGGUGAGUGUGCUGAGGAUUUCAAGGAGCUACGUCAUUGUAUUUUGAGUAAUUUUAGACAUAGUGAAUUUUCUCAAAGUACAGUUCAAUUUUAAAUAAAUAGUUUGCCAAGGAAGAAAAACACUAAAGUGAGGUAAAAAAUCAGCCAAAAACAGCUAUUUGUAUUUUGAUUUGAAUAUUUUCUAUUUGACUUUCUUAAUAACCUCGCAACAAUGAAUAAAUACUUCGUUAUGUUGGAUACUUGAAAAUUGAACACUCUUCGGAUUGGGGAGGACAAGUGGAGAACCCAACCAACCACGUCGUCAAAGAACGGUGAAAUAUACUGGU